AACAUUUAUAAAGAAUUUUAAUCUUUUGUUUUUUUUUUUGAAGUUUUUUUGUACUGAUUCAAACAAUUGCGAACUAGUAAGUACUAACAGAUGCCAUUAUGCCAGGCUUACACAAAGACUCCGAAUUAUCCAAACUAGUAGGGCAGUACCACCGUUAUCCAAUGAUGAACCAAGUAGAUAAGCCACCCCCACCACUCAUUUAUUAAUAUCUUAUCAACAGAAAUAUGAAAUUUUUUUUAAAGAAAAAUUCUUCAAUAAAUUUAACUAAAUAUUUAUUUGAUUUGUGCAUCAGCUCAAUAAUUUUGUAGCUAGAGAUCUUUUCUUUUCCUAUGAAUAACGGGAAUCGUACGUAUACUACUUUUUUGUCGAUUCAUCUUGAGAGUGGUGCUAUAACAAACUAAGAUCAAAUGUUUCAUGAGCUUCAUUUUCUGAGAGGGUCCCAAUUAGGGGAUAAGUCAUGAAAAAUUGCAAGAGAUCAAUAAUUUUAGUAUAAGAAAAUAAUUAAUAUUGGUUAGUUAAUGGUUUCUAAGUGAUAAAUCAUAACACCUAACCAUAACCGCCAAGUCCUGUCGUACAUGUACAUGCAUGCAAUUAUGUUCUUUUACUAGGUCUGAUUUGGUAAUUUUUAUUCAUAAUUUUCAUUCAUAAUUUGGUAAUUUUUUAAUUUGUACUAAAUUAAUUUUCUGUUCAGCCAUUAUAUUUCACUUUCAUCUAUGAUAGAAAAGUAUGCCAUAUUUCAUGCUAAGGGAUCUAGGGAGCUUAGAGAAGGCUUCAAGUACAUACUGUCAAUAUUUCCUCUACAACUCUUAACUGCCAUAUAAAUCAUGAAGGAGAAGGCUUCAAGUACAUACUAUUAUUUCAUUUAGUAUUUGGCAUUUCCUUGAUUUACCUUGCGUAAUCAAUUUUUACUGCCUCUGUCCUUGGUGGCGGGUUGGUCAGUUUGCAUUAGCAUUUCAUCAAUUCAGUUUAUUGGCUGUAAAUGCCUUUGCGGUCUUCUGAUUUGCAAGCAGAAUGUGCAUUUUGUAACAGCAAUAGUGGUGAAGUAAGUUCUACUAGCUUCCUGUUCUAUUUCAUAUAAUAAUAUCAAAAUUCUUUGUUCACCAUUUAAUGAUGCACAAGUACUAUACACAAUCAUAUAUGAUUGGUACCAUGGUAGUAUAUUUUCAAGAACCGUGUAACCUAUUGUACGGUCAUAUCAUGUAUGCCUCAUGCUUUCCAUUGUUUUCCUCCAUUCUAAAAUAUCUGUCUCUUUGAGAAUUUGGUAUCUUGAUAUUAUCUUAUCAAUUUUUUUAAGUCACAGAUAUUUUGAACGCGGAAAGUAUAUUACUUGAAAAUAUGAAAAUUCUAUAUCUUUUUAUCUGUGAUCCAGUUUCAUCCUGGAGCAUGCUUGGCAUAGUCAAAGAGUGUCAAGGGCGUGUGCCAUGAGCAUCAUCGAGUAUGGUUUGGCAGAGAGUACUUUUAGUUCAUAUAUCUCAUCUUAUAAGUACUUUUAGUUCUCUAAAAUUAGCAAGUACUGUGGCAAUUGCAGUUGCAAAUCCAACUGAUCUUGUGAAAGUUAGACUACAAGCAGAAGGAAAUUGCCAGUUAUAUUAGAAAAGUUAAGAGUUGUAAAGGAAAAACGCCAAGAAGUGGAGGCCAGAGCUAGGGAGCUUGAUAAACAGGUGAAGCUACUUGUGAGGAAGUGGAAGGAAAUUGUGGAUGAGUGGGUGAGGUUGAAUCAACCGGGUGGAACAGCUUCUCUCAUGGCUGAUGGGGACUCGCCACCGCUGAAAACCACCCAAAAUGGGCAUCAUCAGAUUCCUGAUUUUGCAUACUCGCCAAAUCCACACAAAUCAGAGCCAGCUCUUAGCAGAUCUAUGUGGCGCAUUGUACUGUGACAUUGAAAUCAAUUUUGGGUUGAAAAAAUCAAAAUGUAAUCCUGCUGCCGCUGCAAGAAAUAAACAUCUGUGCGAAAGCUUAGCAAAUAGUUGUUUUCCUGUUAAUGACGGUCCUGCAGCAAGCCGACUCCAUGAAUUCUUCUUGCACCAAUUCUGUGAUGCACACAGCUGCACUGGAAACAGGAAACCUUUCUCCAAAGGCCGCCGGAGGGAUGAAAAGGGAAACUCAACUGUUGAGGCGCAUCUCUCAAACUGGCAGAAAGAAAAAACCAUCUUAAUGGAUAGAUCUGUUGCCUUCGGAAGUUCUCGCUUCUCCAACACUUUCAAAAUCCAUAGAAUUUUACUAAUAUGUGACAGUGGUUACUGCACUCCCAAUUUGGCCAUAGGCGAGUGCAGUUGGAGGAGAAGAGCGAGAAAGACUGCCAAAUCUACUCCUCGUUUUACAUGUUUGUUGUAAGACAAUUUCUUUAUGGAGACUUAGCAAACACAAAAUUUGAGCUGCAGGAUUGAAUUCGCCCUUGGUGGCUUUUGUAUUUGAUUCUAACUGACAUUACUAACAAGAAAAAUUAUACCUUAUAAUCGUGUUCUUUUUGUUUGUUGAAACUUGAUCAGGAUCUAUUUGUAAACUUUUUCAUUAUGUAGCAUCAGUGUAAACUCCUAUUGUAAUGCCUUGCGUUGAAUAAUAAAAAAGAAUUUGUCUGUAA